AUGUUGCAGUCUGGACACGUCCGCAGCGCGCGGGCUGCUGGCCGUGCCUUGGUGGCCGCGCGGGAAACGACGCCUGGUGGCAAGGGGACAGCUCAGCACGUGGGAAAUGGGAGAGCCAGUGGCUCCCACACCGACACCGCCCAGCCACGCUUCCUGCGCCCAGGCCUCCCUCGAGCCGCUAGACUCCAGCUCGGGGCUGGGGGCUCCCCUCACCCAAAGCUGCCCGAGCUUGCCCCGGCCCCCACGUCCCCCUACGGCAAAGACCAGACCCCCGGCUCUCCCCGCCAGAGUCGGAUCCUGGGCUGGAGCUCCCGGCCAGCGGGGCUGGAUCUGGCUGGGCCUUUCCAGGACCUGAGGCUGCCGUGGGCAGAACUGCAGGCCAGGUACCACCCUCUGGGAAGUGACAUAAUGACCCCGGGCUGCCUGGAGGUCACCCCCCAUGCCGACGCCUGGUCGCCCCCUGACCUGCCCCCGGGUGCUGGGAUGCCCGGGGCAGCCGCGCCCCAGCCCCCGCCGAGCCUCUGGUUCCCCCGGCGCCUCUGUCGCUGCGGGAACUCCACGGGUCCCAACAGCCCACCGAUCUGGGAACUGCGGGACCAGGACCCGUGGCAGGUGGAGCACGAGACGGAUCUGGCCCUGGCCCUGUUCGGUGGACGACGCGGCGGGGAGGGGCCAGGGCAGCUGCCAGGCACCUGCUGGGGAAGGCACGGAGGAAGGGUGCUGGCCUUGCACCGACUCCAUGGAGGGGGCGUGAAAGGGGGACCCUGCAGCCCCGCGGGGGAGGGGCCUGGCGAGCUGACCUCCCCCAGCCACUACAGUGCCUCCUGGGGUGGGGGUGCCCCACACUCGGUUCUGAGCUCCCUUCUGCCCCUGGGGGCCUGGGGAGGAUCCGGGCUUCCCAAUGGCCACUGCCUGACGCAGAAGCCAACGCCGGAGGACCUGCGAGCCCCUCAAGGUGUGGCCCCAGCCCGGGGAGGAGAGGGAGCAGAUUCCACGCCCGCCCCCCAGGAGAAAGAGCAGCACGGCUUCCCUGUGUGUCAGCAUGUAGGGGACACGCAGGACUCGUGCCUGUUGGAGCGCUGGCAGGGACUCCAGGGGACAGGCCGGUGUGCGGAGAACAGGUAUCAACAAUUCAGACUCACCACCCUGGCCAACUGCCCCAGGCCUCCCUUUACCAAGGAGGAGAGCUCCCAGAUCAUCGAAAUGCUUACAGGCCCAGCAGCCCCCUCCUCCGGGAGUGCCCACAGCCCCCCCAAAGGAGGAGCUGGGGGGCAGGAGAACCCUGCGAGGCAGGCUGUCCAUAAAAUCGUAGAGACCAAGGCUCAAGAUCAGGAUGAGAAGGGAGGUGCUUCAGAGACUCAGGGGCUCCCCGUGUGGAGCAGCCAGGCGUUGUGGGCGGAGGGGAAGGGCCAUCACCAGAGGCCGGGCUGCCGGCGGGGCCACGCUCAGUGCUCAGACACAGGCCGCCUCCACGACUCGCUGUCCCACGGCUCUUCCCAGCCCCGGGGGCCUAGAGCAGGGAGCCAAGCUCUGUCUCCAAGCCCCAGGCAGCCCGGGCCUCGCACCCAGGAGGAUCCCAGCCUCGGCUUCACGACUCUCCUGCCGUGUGACCUUAGGCGGAGCUGGACCCUCCUGGGAGACGGGGCCAGACAGGCUGACCUCCACCAGGACGAACGGAGCCCGAGUACGUGUGCGCCCCUGCUGUCCGUCUCCCACGCCAGACACCCGCCCCAUCACAGCCGGGGCCUCGUCGGCAUCUCACGCCCAGACCCCAGCGGAGUCCGGCAGGCCCUCGACGUGCCUGCUGAACAACCACCAGGGCUCUCCAUCUCCGAUGGCCAGGAGCUCAGCUCCCGUCCCUGUGGCUGCUGGGCCCCCAGGGGGCUCCCCAAGCCCUGCCCUCCCUGGAACAGCUCAGCAGAGCCAGGCAUCAACCGGCUUCAGGCAGAGAGAGGGCGAGCCGACAGUCCACAGCCGCCACCCCACUUCCUGCUCAGCUCCGGGGUCUCCCACAGACACAGGUGCUACGUGUCCUCGGUGACAGGGCCCUCUGCUAACGGGGUCUGGCUCUCGGUGGGGGAGCGGCUGCAGGGACCCCGCUCUGCCCCGCUGAGCCGAGCGCCCGCGCCGCCGCCGCCGCCAAGUUCCUCUAACUUUGCCCGCUGCGCUCGGAGGGCGCGCUGGGCCAGGGGCGCACGAGGGGCCGGGGGCGCAGGGAGAGCGCGCGGGGGCGCGAGGUGCGGAGCCCCGCGCGAGGCCCCGGGGAGUGGCCGGACUCCUGCGCCCCUGGGCUCGGCCCCGGCCCCGCCUGGACUCGGGCUCCUCCGGCUCCGCGGGCUCCGCGCUUACCUGCUUGUCUGGCCGCCGUUCCGGGGCUGCGCCCGCCGCCGCCGCCGCCGCCGCUGCCGCCGCCGUCCUUCAAGCUCUAACUUCGCUCCGGGGAUUGAAAUUCCUCCCCAGCUUCGCCCAUCGAUCCGCGCGCCGCCCCGCCCCUUGCCUCGCGGGCAGGGGGGCCGGUGCUCGCGCCUCCCCGGCGCGCCCCCCCUCCCCGCGCGCUCCCUCCCACCCCCUCUUCCUCCCGCUCGAGUCCGGCUCCGAGUCUCGCGCCCUCCCCCUCUCCCCUCCUUCCAGAAGCCCCGCCGCACGCCCGGCCUCCUCGCAGCCUCGCUCCUUCCCUCCGGCCGCCGAGCAGAGGGGGAGGGGGAGGGCAGCGGGAGGGGGAGGGGGCCGGGCAGGCCCGGCACUGCCCGCGCCAGGGUCGCUUGUGUCCCCGCGCAGCCUGGCCCGUCCCCGUCCCCGUCGGCGCCCGCGCCCCCUCCCGGCUUCCUGUCCCCCGCCUGCCUGAUUCCCGGCCUCAGUACCCCCGGCACGCUCUCCGCUCCCCGCCAGCAGCUGGGCAAUUCACCGAGCAUACAAAAGAGUUGA